AUGGAGGAGGAGAAUACAGAGAAUGGAGUGAUGAAUGGCUUGGAACUGCCUAGUAUUGGUGGUGAUGCGGUGCCUUUGAAACAAAUGAAAUUGAAAAAUUUUAAACAUGAAGCAAGAGCGCUGGUGGAGCUGGAGGCCAAGACGGAGGAGUUGAACCUGGACCUGGGGCUGGAGCCGUCGAGCCCGCCCGAGCCAGCCCGAGUGUUCUCGUGCAACUACUGCGAGCGGAAGUUCUCCAGCUCCCAGGCGCUGGGGGGCCACCAGAACGCCCACAAGGUCGAGCGGAGUAUGGCCAAGAGGAACCGAGGGUUGGGGCUGGCUGUGCGCCAACAUGCCGGCCCGAGUCAUGGGGAGGUGGCCCGCUCAGUCUCCGUUGUGCUCCAGAGGAGGGAAGAGGAGCCAGCAGCGGCGAGCUAUGCUGAGGUGGAUGACAAGGGCGAGCUCGCCCAAGAGAUUGACUUGUCUCUGAGGUUAUGA